AUGGACUCUUAUUAUACUAGUUUCCCGGCUCCCAUUCCUAGUGAGCCGUGUUUGGAAGUAAUCGGUGAGAUAAAUAACAAAUUGGCUGAAGUGAAUAAUGAGUUGAACUCGAAAGCCAUGUCGGAAAACAUUGUAUCAACGCGCCCGGUGGCGCAGGCUCAAUACUGUGGUCCAUACAAACUUGAGAAAACACUUGGAAAAGGUCAAACUGGGUUGGUCAAAACGGGAACGCAUUGCAUUACGGGCCGCAAGGUUGCAAUCAAGAUAGUCAACAAGGAGAAACUCAGUGAAUCCGUUCUUCAGAAGGUCGAAAGAGAAAUCGCCAUCAUGAAGUUGAUUGAACAUCCACACGUGCUUCAUUUAUACGACGUUUAUGAAAACAAGAAAUAUCUGUACUUGCUCUUGGAGCAUGUCAGCGGUGGCGAACUGUUUGACUACUUGGUCCGGAAGGGACGAUUAAUGUCAAAAGAAGCCAGGAAGUUCUUUAGACAGAUUAUUUCUGCCUUGGAUUUUUGUCAUGCUCACAAUAUUUGUCACCGAGAUUUGAAACCAGAGAAUCUGCUGUUAGAUGAAAGGAAUAACAUCAAAGUGGCCGAUUUUGGAAUGGCUAGCUUACAAGUCGAAGGUUCAAUGUUGGAGACAAGCUGUGGAUCGCCACAUUAUGCUUGUCCAGAAGUUAUUCGGGGAGAAAAGUAUGAUGGUCGAAAAGCAGACGUCUGGAGUUGCGGUGUGAUUUUAUACGCCCUACUAGUCGGAGCUCUUCCUUUUGACGAUGAUAACCUCCGGAACCUUCUGGAAAAAGUGAAACGUGGAGUAUUUCAUAUUCCACACUUUGUCCCUGCGGAUGUACAGAGUUUGUUACGCGCCAUGAUUGAAGUGGACCCAGGAAAACGAUAUUCGCUGGCUGACGUCUUCAAACAUCCAUGGGUCUCUGGAACGACAAAAGCGGAUCCUGAACUGGAACUCCCGAUGUCGCAAGUGGUGCAAACUCAUAUUAUUCCAGCAGAAGAUUCGAUUGAUCCAGACGUGCUUCGUCAUAUGAACUGUUUGGGAUGUUUCAAGGAUAAGCAGAAGCUGAUAAACGAGUUGCUUUCUCCGAAACACAACACGGAGAAAAUGGUGUAUUUUUUGCUUCUGGAUAGGAAACGUCGCCGUCCAGCUCAAGAAGAUGAGACCGAGAUUGUACUACGCGGCUCUGCGCUUAACAACGAUCCACCGAAAAAGCGAACAGAUACAACAAGGACAUCAAGAUACCCAAUGGGGAGUAUUGCUGAUGGAAGUCCAAUCAACCCCAGAAAAACCUACGGACGGAAUAGCAAAUCUGGAAGGCACUCUAGUCUCGGAGGAUCACCAACAGAAUCUCCGAGAAGUUCAUCGAGAGAUUUGUUCGGAUCAUCGUCGAGUGGAUCCUAUUCGGCUAGAGCUGGAGAAGAGCGGGAACGUGGACGAUCAGCAUCAAGAUCUGCCAACAGUUAUCACUACUACACUCAACCUGUUGAUCCACAAACACUUGCCGAAGCAGCUCGACAUGUUCGGGAAGUUAGAGAGCAAGAGAGAAGAGAGAGUAGAGAUAGUGGUAGAGGAUCGUCCAGGAAAGAGAGCAAGGAUAGAAGUGACAAGACUCCAAGUGGUAGUAGCAGCAAAAAUGAUGCAUCCUCGGCACCUACUUCAGUGCCAUACAAAUACAGCCCGCCAUCGGUAAUGUCGGAGAGUGUACAAGUUGCCGGAAGCUCGAUGAACUCUGCAAAUUCCUCUUCAAACAGUCUAAUUGCUGGGAACAGUCAAACCAGCAUAGGAUCGACAAGUGGUCCAUGGAGAUCAAAGCUCAACAACAUCAAGAAUUCGUUCUUGGGCACUCCAAGAUUCCAUCGCCGGAAAAUGUCCAAUGGAACGGCGGAGAGUGACAGCGAGGACAGUCAGAUGAUUGACACAACAGACCUCGUCAAAAAGUCCUGGUUCGGUUCUCUGGCGUCGAGUAUGAGUGUGGAACGAGACGACACUCACUGUGUACCGGUUCAAGGAAAAACGCUGAACAGCAUCAAGGCGGAGCUCAUUCGAGCGUUCCUUCAGAUUCACGAGCUCAGUCAUUCGGUAGUAGGACAGAACUGUUUCCGGGUGGAGUACAAACGGGGCCCAACUGUUGGAGGAAGUGUAUUUAGUCGUGGCAUCAAAAUGAAUGUCGACAUUAUUCCUUCCCCUCAACAAGUAGUACUUGCUGGUGAGACUCCAACAUAUGUGGUACAAUUCACUUUGCUGGCUGGACCAGUUCGACGUUUCAAACGCCUCGUCGAGCAUUUAUCCGCAAUUCUUCAAAAUUCAACGCAGCAAAGAGCCGAUCGUCAACAACAAGCUUCUCUAAUGGUCCGACCGCGACGAUUAAGUGAUUCGAGCGUCGGAAGUGCAUGCUCGGAAAGUGAGAGCAAUGCGAGCAGUAUAAAUAUGAUUGCUAGACACACGGAGAAAUCAGAAACCAAUAACGGCGCGUCGACAUCUUCUGAAGCGUAUGGUCCAUCACCUUCAAUGAGAUCUGUUGGAAGUAGCACAGCUAACUCCUACAAAUCGCCAACACCUCAUCGUCGUAACACCACUGCCGUUUCUGCUUCAUCUUCAACCGCCUCGAAUCGUUAUGCUCCAAGUUCUAGCUCGUCCGGUAGUUACAGUAACGCUCAUGACUACUCCUAUCAUCCCGAAUAUUCACAGAGAAACAAUGGCUCAACUGCUCCGAAGAAUCAAUACUCGCCCGGCUCACAACGCAGUUUUGCGUUUUCCAUGUUCAACAAGGCCGACAAAGUAUAA